AUGCGCUGUCUAGCCUCCCUGGAGCGUCCAUCCCCCGAUUUAAGCCUACCAGUUAUUCGCGUGGUGGCUGUGGCCCCGGGUGUAGUGAAAACGGCUCUUUGGUUAGACAACCAAGAGAAGAUGAAAUUGGUUGGAGAGGCGACAGAGGAAUGGGCCACGCCGGAGAUGGUGGCCAGGGUUAUGGUGGAAUUAGUGGAAAAGGAUGAGUAUGAGGGCGGAACGGUGCUAGAGGUUGGAAAAAGAGGGCAAACAAGGAGAGUGCAGGUGCAUAUGGAUCCAGGUCCGAGUGGAGGAGAGUACACUCCACUUAACCAGCUAGAAGAGAGCAGAGAUAUCUGGAGGAGGUUAAUACAAGACGGAGCUGUUAGUGCUUAG